AUGGGACUUCCGCUCUGGGUGGAGCCACCGCCUGGCGAAGAUGAGCGGCGACGGAAGAUGCGGGAAGAGCGGAAAGAGGCUCUGAGGGCGAGAAUUGUGUUUCUGGAGGGGAUGAUGAGGACUAUGGAGAGGUUUGGGGCGCAAGAGCCGCGGUCGGUGCCUGUGGAGCACGCAGAGCGCAAGGAGGAGCUUGCUCGCCUUGAGAGCAUUGAUUCAUUGUAG